AUGGUUCAAUCGAGGAGCACACAGCGCCGACGCCAAGGCCAAGCCUCUGAGCCGGACCACAGCACCCCUGAACCGCACACUGGGUCUCGGGGGAAGUCCUUUCCGAAAACAAUCGGGGAGACUCGGCAAAGAGUCGAAGAAGCAGAGAAAAGAAAGAAAGAGCUGGAAAAUGUGCUGGGGGAGAACGCUGAGGAACUCAGCGCAUUGAACAGGUUUAUCCAACUGGAGAAAGAGGUCGCAGCAAAGAGGAAGGACCUUGAAGAGACGGAGAAGCAGUUCCAAGAGGCUUGGAAUGCCAUCAGCACAGAUGCUCAAGCCAGUGGUCAACCCACAUCGUCUCCGCCUUCUACAGGUCAGCCUUCUACAGGUCAGCCUUCUACAGGUCAGCCUUCUACAGGUCAGCCUUCUACAGGUCAGCCUUCUGGGCUGAGAACCUCGGCACGGUUGGAGGCCAGACGCCGAGCCAAUGGCCAGCUUACAUCGUCUCCGCCUUCCACACGUCGGCCGUCAGGGCCGAAAACCUCGAAGUCGGAACAGUUGGCGAACAAGCGCAAGCAUGACAUGCUCGCCAGCUAUAACGAUGAUGAAGGAGACGACGAUGAAUGCCCUCCCCCCAAGCAUCUCAAGUCAGAGAAUCCAACGGAAAGCGACGAAAGUCGCGUGGAAGAAGAGGCUGAAGGCGCAGUCAGCCAGACAACACAGGAGCUGGACACAGCUCCGCUGCCGGGACGGUGUGGCGAAUGGUCCGAGAAGCGCGCAGAGGAGAUUCUCGGAGAUUACCUUGCUUGCCCUCUUGUUCAGACGACGCUGAACUAUCUCGAGUCGGACCUGAGCGAGCAGAUGAUUGAGGAGCUACGCCACACUCUGGACACAAAGCCAGGUGCUCGUCUUCACUUGAAGACACUGCGAAGGCACUGGGGAGGAAGGAUCGACUACUUCCAGUUCCGUGCGGAUGAGGACGACGAACGGGCACCGCUGAAGACGCUGAGUUGGAACAAGUAUCAGCAGAGUGGCCACCUCGUCUCCGACCACCGAGGAUCCGGCCCUGAGGGCCAAAAACGAAGUCAUACGGCGUACAAGAAGAAGCUUGAAACACCUCUCUUUGGCUACGGCGAACCCAACCCGGAAGUAUCACCCGACUGUGGCGACCCGAAAACCCUCACAACUCUCUACCAGUCUUUCCUCCGGACGACUCAUGCCAGCGACGACCCUUGCUUCGCUCACACAGGGGGGCUUCUCGGUUCACAGGACAGAUGCCAUGGAUGCGGAAUCCUUGGCUACGUGGAAGAUCUUGAUUGA